UAAUUUAUAAACAAAAAAAAGUUUUUAAAAAUGUCUCAAAAUUUAAAAAAGAAAUUAAUAUCAAUACAAAUAAAAAUGGCACAAGAUAAACAUGAUACAAGCGAUGGUCGAAUGUGUAAUGCUAAUAUAUUAACAUCACCAAUCGACAGUGGUGUUACCUGUUUAUUAAAAUAUAAAGGUCCAAGUAAGGAAUUUGGUAAACGUGCAUUAAAAACAUUAAUUAAUAAAUUACGUAUGAGAAGUUGUGCAAGUGUUGAUAUAUCACCACCGGAUCCAUGUUAUAAAGUUGUGUAUUUGGGGAAUGUACUCACAGGAUGGGCAAAAGGUGAAAACUGUAUUGAAAAACCACUGAAUACAUUAUGGCGAAAUUAUACACAAUCAAAUCGUGCCGACGUACGAAUGCAGUUAAUGGUAAGCGGUGGUGGAUUACGAGCAACAACCAGAGACCAUGGAUUAACGGAAUAUUGGGCAAAUCGAAUCUCAUUUUGUGCAGCACCAUCAACAUUUCCACGUUUAUUUUGUUGGGUAUAUCGUCAUGAAGGGCGACGUUUACGACAUGAAUUACGAUGCCAUGCAGUACUAUGUAGUUCUGCGUCAGUAGCUCGAAAAUUAGCUGUACAAUUAAGAAGUAGUCUAGCACAAGCCUUGGCUGAAUUUAAACGUGAUAAAAUCUCACGUCAAAAUGCACGAUUAUCAUUAGUGAAUUCAUGCUAUGAAAACCCUUCAAUGCCACGUAGAAAAAUUUUAUUAAGUACUGGUUCACAAAACUAUCGGCCACCAUUAGAACGUUCAAAGUCUGCACCAAAAUUGACAAUGAUCGAAGAGAAUAUUGUGGAAGAAGAAGAUGACGAUGUAUUUGAUACAAAAAAUAUUACAAGUCCUAAUCGAGUACAUCCUAGUUUAAGACACUUGCGGCAUAGUGAUAGCACAUCUGUUCUACUGGACAAAAAAUUACGAAUGCAAAGAUUUGAUUUGAAGAAAGAUUUAGCAUCACGAUUACCGCCAUUAUCCUCAAAAAAUUUAAAUACAAAUAAUAAUUCAAAUUUACAAGAUAAACGACUUUUAAGUGUAGAUGAAGAAUGUUCAGAAGAGAAUACAAAUUAUUCAGCAAAACAGCCAUUCGCUAAACGAAAUUAUAGUUUAAGAAAAUGUAAAAAUCGAUUAUCAAAUCGAACAUUUAAUAAAGAUAAAUUAGAUAUAAAUAAAAACGACACAGAUGACGAAUCCGAAUCAAUUGAUUUAAGUGAAUUAACGAUAGAAUUAAAAGAUGUCACCGAGGAGAAUAAAAAAAUUAUAGAGGAGUUAUUAGCGGAAAGUAUGAAUAACACAGAAAAUAAAACCAAUAGUAACAAUCAAGAUGGUAGCAGAGCGUGGUUGGAUAGUGAUGAGGGUUCACUAUCCAGUGGUUGUGAAUCAGCUGGAACAGCAGCAUCUGAUGUAGAAUCAUGUACAACACACAAUGAAAAUAAUUGUGAAUCACUAACAGCAAAUGAUUUAAUUGAAUAUUUAAAUUCAGAAUCAAAUUUAGAAUCGAGUAGCCUUGAUUUCAAAAUUGGUUCAACAGUUUUAGCACGUGUCCGAAGUUUAGAACGAAUAUCAACAUCCUGUAAUAACGGAGUACGAUCCUUUCAAAAUUAUAUACCUGAAAUGGAUGAUGUUAGUUUAAUACCUGUGGGAGAAAUUUCGAGUGAUUUUAGUUCAUUACGUAUAUUUAAAAAGAAAUUAGAGAAUGAGAAAAAUGACAAAGAGAAUAAUGAAGGAUCUGAAGGCGAAGAAGAGAAUGCCAGUUCUUGUAGCGAUGAAAGUGGAUACGUUGAAUUACUCGAAUCAGCACAAGAUAAUAAAACUGCUGAACUUGUUUGAAGCAGAAACAAGGAUAAUUCUCUGACUGACUGAAUAAUAAUAUUUAUUUUUGUA